AUGUCACAUUCCUCCACUGGCAAUCGCAUGUCACAUUCCUCCAAUGGCAAUCGCAUAUCUCAUUCCUCCACUGGUAAUCCCAUGUCACAUUCCGCCAAUGGCAAUCGCAUAUCCCAUUCCUCCACUGGUAAUCCCAUGUCACAUUCCUCCACUGGCAAUCGCAUAUCCCAUUCCUCCACUGGCAAACCCCAUAUCACAUUCCUCCACUGGCAAUCCCAUAUCAAUUUCCCUCGGUGCAAUCGCAUAUCCCAUUCCUCCACAGGCAAUCCCAUAUCAUAUUCCUCCACUGGCAAUCGCAUGUCACAUUCCUCCAAUGGCAAUCCCAUGUCACAUUCCUCCACAGGCAAUCCCAUAUCAUAUUCCUCCACUGGCAAUCGCAUGUCACAUUCCUCCAAUGGCAAUCGCAUGUCACAUUCCUCCACUGGCAACCGCAUAUCCCAUUCCUCCACUGGCAAUCCCAUAUCAUAUUCCUCCACUGGCAAUCCCAUGUCACAUUCCGCCAAUGGCAAUCGCAUAUCCCAUUCCUCCACAGGCAAUCCCAUAUCAUAUUCCUCCACUGGAAAUCCCAUGUCACGUUCCUCCAUUGGCAAUCCCAUAUCAAUUUCCUCCACUGGCAAUCCUAUGUCAAAUUCCUUCACUGGCAAUCUCAUAUCACAUUCCCCCGUUGCAAUUGCAUAUCACAUUCCUCCACUGGCAAUCGCAUAUCACAUUCCUCCACUGGCAAUCGCAUAUCACAUUCCUCCACUGGCAAUCGCAGAUCCCAUUCUUCCACUGUCAAUCCUAUAUCACAAUUCUCCUGUUGUGAUCCCAUAUCACAUUCCCCCUCUCGUGAUCCCGGAUCAUAUUCAUCCCCUGGUAAUCUCAGUCUGUUCAUAUCUAUCUAUCUAUCUAUCUAUCUAUCUAUCUAUCUAUCUAUCUAUCUAUCUCCAUCUGUUCAUAUCUAUCUAUCAUCAAUUGCUCAUAUCGAUUUCUCUACCCAUCUCAGUCUCUUCAUAUAUAUCUAUCUCAGUAAUUCCAUAUUUAUCUCUAUUCAUAUCUAUAUAUCUAUCGAUUUAUUCCAGUCUGUUCAUAUCUAUCUAUCUACCUCAGUAUGUUCAUAUCUAUCUAUUUAUCUAUCUAUCUAUCUAUCUAUCUAUCUAUCUAUCUGGGUCUGUUCAUAUCUAUCUCUCAUAUGUUCAUAUAUAUUUCUAUCUGUGUAUAUCUAUUUAUUUAUUUACAUUAAUCCAUGUGUAA